UACAUUUGGCACCAACCAAAUCAAUUCGCGUGUAAAAUAAGGAGUUUGUGUAGACGGGAAAGUAAAAUGCUAUUAAAAUACUUGGGAGUUUUGGCGCUACUCUGCGCGGCAGCUGUUGUCGACGCUGGCCUCAGUGAUGUAGACUACUGUAGUCCGGCCUAUAUGUGCAGUGGACGUAGUCAAAAACAUGUUUUGGCUUGCAAUCAUACCGGAGCUUUCGAUGCGCGCUGUCCACCGAAUGCCGAAAUGCUGCCAAUGACUGAAGAGUUUAAAAAACUCUUCUUAGGUGAGCACAAUAAAUAUCGUAACGAGAUAGCGAAGGGUUUGACAUUCGAGCCGGCUGCAGCCAUGGCCACUUUGGAAUGGGACGACGAGCUUGCCUAUUUUGCCGAAUUCAAUGUAAAGCAAUGUGGUAUCAUUUAUGAGGAUCAGAAAUGUUUCACCACUGCUCGCUACAAUACGCUCGAUCAAAAUAUCGGUUGGCUCUUCAAUAUCAAAUCGAAAUUCAAUCGUUCCAAUAUUUUCAAUGAAAUUAAAGAACAUAUAAGGGUUUAUUGGUAUGAGCAAUAUCACGAUUGUACACAGACCGAAAUCGAUUCGUAUCAUCCACCACAAUUAAAAUUAAUUUUACAUUUUGGCAAAAUGGUUAUGGAUCGCAAUAAUCGCGUUGGCUGUGCUGCUUCACUUUACGAAACUGAAUAUGGCAUUAAUGUGCUCUUCACUUGUAAUUAUGCCCGUCGCUUAUUCUGCUAUAAGCCCAUAUACCGUUCUGGCGCUUAUCCAGGCUCCCACUGUAGAACUGGUAUGAAUCCACGUUAUCCAUUUUUGUGCUCGACGAAAGAGAAUUUCAAUCCAAAUGAUUAUAAGGUGUAAUUACUGAGGAAAUGGAGCAAACUUAAUUCUAGAAUCGAACUAAACUAAAAUAAAAAGUAUUGCCAAGAAUAAAAAAAUAUAGUAUUUAAAUCUAAUUAAACUAACCAGGAACAUAAA